AUGAAUAUUUCCAAUAACAAUUAUUCAAAUAUAUUCGACUUGCCCAAUGAAAUAUUAUUUAUUAUUAUCAAUAAAUUGAAUUUUGCUGAUGUGAUUUAUUCACUUGUCCAUGUUAAUGAACGAUUUGUUCAGUUAGUAUUUGAUCCUCUUUAUAUUCAAAAUCUUAAUAUUACACUUAUGACUAUCAAGUCAUUUUAUCAACGUACAUUUUCAAUACAUGAACAAGUUCUUUCAAAUAUAUGUGAAAACAUUUUACCAAGUAUUCAUGAUCAAGUUAAACAACUUGCUAUUGAAGAACAUUCAAUAGAACGUAUUCUUACUCACAAUUAUUCUCAACUUUAUUCUUUGUCACUUGUUGAUUUUAAAGAAGAAAUACUCUAUCAAUAUUUAACAGAUUAUUCAAUUCUUCGUGAUCUUCUUUCACAACAGAUUACACAUCUAAAUAUUGAUAUUCAGACUGAUGAAAUACCAAUAUUAUUAUCUAAAAUUUCAUCAUAUAUAUUUGUAAUGAUUUUAUCUCUAUGUCAACGAUUAAUCAGUUUGAAUUUUUCUCAAGUAUUUUCUUAUCGAAAUUCAUUUAUUGCGAUUUGUAAAUUACCAAAAACAUGUCCUACAUAUUCAACUUUAAUCGAAUUGAAAAUAAAUGUUGCAACACUUAAUGAUUGUCUUCGUCUUCUUAAUAGACAUUUCGAUUGCUUAUCAAAAUUAACUAUCAAUGUCAGAGAGAUCAAAUAUGAACGAAAACGAAUAAACAACAAGACAAAACUUCCGACAUUGAAAUAUUUUUCAUUAACUUCAUUUAGUCAUACAGGUGAUUUUGAUGAAUACAUUAUUCCAUUACUUCGUCGAAUGAUAGAUCUUGAAGAAUUAAUAUUAUUUCUAACAGUAAUAAGGACUGACUCAACUCUUAUUGAUGGUGUUGAAUUAUAUGAUGAAGUACUUGUUCAUAUGUUACACUUAAACAAAUUUAUUUUCAAUAUAUAUACAGGUGUUUUUAUUGAAGAUAAUGUAAUUGAUGUACCAUCAAAUGAAGAUAUUCAAAAUAGUUUCAUUGGAAAAGAAUAUGGACAAGUUGGUUCAUAUGUGCAUUUUGAACCAAGAAAGCCAACAAAUAGAAUCAUCGAUUUUGAAAAAGCGAAAGCUGUAGUCAAAUCCCAUAUAUAUUCACUUCCAUAUCAAUUCAAAAGUUUUCUUCAUCUCAACAAUUCUUUUAAAGGUGGCAUGUUUGUAAAUGUUCGAUGCUUAAUAAUGACUGAUUCAAAUCCUUUUGAACAUGAAUUCUUCAAAAUUAUUUCUGAUAGUUUUCCUUUUUUAAAAAACUUGAAAAUAUCCAAUUUGGAACCACUAAAAAAGAAGCAACAUCCUGCGACAGUAAUUAGUUUUCCUCAUCUUAAUCUUCUCAAUCUGAUUGAUGCACAUGAUGAUUAUGCUGAACGAUUUCUCGUCGAUACAAACACUCAUUUACCUUGUUUGCUGGAUCUCUGUAUCACAUAUGAAUCACUCGAAAUUGUAACAAACAACUUUACUAAUGAUGCAACACGACUUUAUUGUUCUAAAUUGAAAGGACUUCAUAUAGAUGAGUCGUUUGUUCGACCAAAACAUUUUGAUGAAUAUUUUCGUUUAUUGUUAGCAUUAUUUGAAAUCAAUUUAGAUGUAUCGUUAGAACCAAGAAAAACAGCUACAUCAAAUAGACAAGUUUUAGUAAAGUGGAUUUGUUCUACAAUGGCUGGUCAAUACGCUCAUGUUGAUGUAACUCAGUAUUUAUUAGGACCAAUACCAACACCAACAGCAACACCAGCAACUGAUGAAAAUAAAAAUGAAGAUGACCAUGACAAUCAAGAUCAAAACGAAGAUAUCGAGGAAGAUGACAUAUAUGAUCAAAUUGAAAUUGAAGCGGACAACGAACAAGAUCCUUCAAACGUCUUCGUUCAAGAAUUAAAUCGUAAUGAAACAAAUGUAAACCAAAAUAAGACUUAA